CUCUUCAAACGAGGAGGCUGGGAGAGAUGGGGAGGGAGUGUGACUAAAGAAAACCCAAAAGCUCCCAAUUAAAGCCCAAGGAGGCUUGGUUUGGUUUGGUUUGGCUUUCCCAUCUUCUUCUCUUUGGGUCCUCCCAAGAUAUUCUUUUGUCGUCCGAGCUUCUUUGAUUUCGAGAAGAAUCAUUAUAUCAAAAUUAUAGAGAGAUAGAGACUAUGGCACUUGAAACCGUUUUCUUCCCGCAAGACCCAUUUGGGUGUUACAGUGGAAAAGAGCUCUACGGCUUGCUCGGUGAUGGUGGAGGCGGCGGGGGGAACAUUUCGGCCUUCUUUGAUGACUUUGAGGUCCCAUUGGAUUUCGAUAACAGCUUUCUUGACAGCAGCAUGGAUCGGUUGGAUGGCUCUUCCGGCGGUUCGGGGCCGGGCGGAGGCCAACUGCAUAUGGGUGAUCAGUCGAGCUUGAGCCCGUAUCCCAACUACUCAUGUUCGUCUUCACAAGUUGAAGUGGAGGCGGCGGUGGUAGGGGAGAGGCCGAAGAGGCGGCGCGGGAAGAGCAAGAAGAACAAGGAGGACAUAGAGAACCAGAGGAUGACGCACAUUGCCGUGGAGCGCAAUCGGCGGAAGCAGAUGAACGAGUAUCUCUCGGUCCUUCGUUCUCUAAUGCCGGAUUCUUACGUCCAAAGGGGCGACCAGGCAUCCAUAAUUGGAGGAGCCAUAAACUUCGUCAAAGAGCUCGAGCAACAGCUCCACAUCCUCGGCGCAAGAAAGCAGUUCGAGCACCCUGACCAGGGUUUACCAUCUGAUCCUAUCCCGCUUCCUUUCUCCGACUGCUUCACCGUCCCCCAGUACUCCUCCAUUGCCGCCGUCAGCCAUGAGGUCCAGCCAGCAACAAUUGUUGGAGAAGUGGAGCCGGCUGCAGCAGUGGCGGCACAGCCUAAUGAAGUGGCGGACAUAGAGGUGACUAUGGUGGAGAGCCACGCGAACAUGAAGAUAAGGUCGAAGCGGAGGCCUAAGCAGCUCCUGAGGCUUGUCUCCGGCCUCCAGGCUCUCCGGCUCACCGUGCUCCACCUCAACGUCUCCACCAUCCGUCAAGUCGUCCUUUAUUCUCUCAGCCUCAAGGUAGAAGACGACUGCAAGCUGACAACAGUCGAUGAAAUCGCUUCGGCCGUAUAUCGAAUUUUGGUUAGGAUUCAAGAAGAGGCCGGUGUGUGAACUGAAGAAACAACUCGACUCUCCUUUCUUUUUUCCCCCUUGGUUUUUCGUUUAUAUUUUAUCUCUUUAAUUUGUAUUUUGCAUAAUUAACACGGGUUUUAUCUUUAAUUAAACCCCGCGUCUUACCAAAUUGUGGCACCUAAUGCUUUCCCAAUUUCUUCAGUCACGCUUAGUCUCUGUACUUAAGGGCUGAACUAAUUUAGAGGAAAUUUCAUUUGUCGCCGCUUAUAUGUAAAUGUUCGUGUUCAUCGGCAA